CACACCGAGGGCUGUUGCGGCCACUAGCUCCUUCAGGCAGGUGGACCCCGGGCUCCUGCCCACCCGUACUGUCCAUGGAUUUUAUUGCUGGGGCCGUUGGAGGCAUCUGCGGCGUUGCAGUCGGCUACCCACUGGACACGGUGAAGGUCAGGAUCCAGACGGAGACCAAGUACAUGGGCAUCUGGCCCUGCGUCCGGGACUUAUACCGCCAAGAGCGGGUGUGGGGUUUCUACAGGGGCCUGUCACUGCCCGUGUGCACGGCGUCCCUGGUCUCGUCCAUGUCCUUCGGCACCUAUAGCCACUGCCUGGCGCACAUCUGCCGGCUGCGGUACGGCAGCGCCGACGCCAAGCCCGCCAAGGCCGACAUCACGCUCUCGGGCUGUGCCUCUGGCUUCGUCCGCGUGUUUCUGACCUCGCCGUCCGAGGUGGCCAAGGUCCGCCUGCAGACGCAGACACAGAUGCAGACAGAGACGCAGCGACGGCGUCCCUCGGCCGCGGGGCCCUGGCCGGCGGCCCCCGUGUGUCCUGGGCCCAGGUACCGCGGACCGCUGCACUGCCUGGCCACGGUGGCCCGGGAGGAGGGCCUGCGGGGCCUCUACAAGGGCAGCUUGGCCCUGCUCUGCCGGGACGGCCAUUCCUUCGCCACCUACUUCCUGUCCUACGCCAUCCUCUGCGAGCGGCUCACCCCCGCGGGCCGCAGCCAGCCCGAUGUGCUGGGAGUGCUGGUGGCCGGUGGCUGCGCGGGGGUCCUGGCCUGGACCGUGGCCACCCCCAUGGACGUGAUCAAGUCGCGCCUGCAGGCGGAUGGGCAGGGCCAGCGGCGCUACCGGGGCCUCCUGCACUGUGUGGUGGCCAGUGUGCGGGAGGAAGGGCCGCGGGUCCUCUGCAAGGGGCUGGCGCUCAACUGCUGCCGCGCCUUCCCGGUCAACAUGGUGGUCUUCGUCGCCUACGAAGCCGUGCUGCGGCUCACCCGGGGCCUGCUCACCUAGCUGGCCCCGACGCCCAGGGGCCGACCCGCCAGCAGCUUCCAGAGCUCGUGGUGGCUGGAGGAGGCAGAGGGGACUGUCGGAGGCCCUGCACGGCCAUCACCCGGGAUGGCCAAGGACGGCCCUGCCCCGAGAGCCAGCCGAGGC